CAAAUCACUUCCACUUACAACACUUUUAGCACCCCAUAAGACGGAAAGGCAGUGCAUCGGGUUAUCUUAGAGGGUAGAGCGCAUCGUUUUGGGGUUUAAAGCUGCUUCAGCUCUCAAAUCGACAGUAAUGGUUUGCACUUUGCUGCUUUGGAUGAAACGGAUCUAGUGACCCUGUUCUUGUGAUUGAUCCAUCCAGAAAUUGUCUGUGUCGUUCAAGCUACUCCAUUUUGUUCUCUGGUUUGCGGACGUUUGUUCCGUGUUUCCCCUGCCAAUGUUCGUGCCUAGGGACGUCGAGAGCGGCACCCGGGAGGGCCUGCUGUUCGCGGAAAAUGGCCAAUACACAAUCACCGAGGUGAUCACGGUGCUCACCUCGUUCCGUCAAAAUCAUGAGCGCCUCAAACUCUACCGUGUCUCCCUGUCUGUGAUCCGAUUCCUGUCCAUCCUCAAUUUUGUCUACACCCUGUUGGGCGUGACGCUGCUCAUGUUGGCCAUGAGCUCGGACUUGUCCCAGGAUUUCACCGACGCUCAGCGAGACCAAUUCUUCAGAAUCGGCAUGGCCGUGUCCAUCUUCGCACCAUUUGCCUCCAUGGUGGAUCUCUUGGCUCUUCGGGGAUUGCAAUCUUGGCGCCGAACUCUGUUGCUACCAUGGCUGUUUCUCUACUCCUUCGUCAUCUCGCUCAUCUUUGCCAACGCCUUAUCUGGGGUUUUCCAUCACGGUCUGAAAUGGACCUAUAUCGUUUUGAUGCUUUGUGUGAUGGUCUCAUUUUCGGCUUGGCGGCAUGUCCGAUUACAAUACACAGAAAUGGCCAAGGACCGACCCACUUGCCAAACCAUCGAGGAACUCGCGGCCGAUCUCCGACGCACUCGAGAAGCCCAAGUCUUUACCACCAGUGAUCCCCUAGGCGAUUUUCCACCUAAAUAUGAGGAUCUGGAACAGCCUCCAGUUUACGAAGACUCCAGAGAAGAACCCACACCAGUGCACGCACGAGAGGAAACCACUAAUGCUUUAAACAAAACAGAAUCAUGAGCAAUUCAACUUUUAUUUUUUACCUCUGCAAUUAUCCCUCGGAAUAUAUUACUGACGAAAACGCA